GUCUUCAGCUUCAUGGUGCAGCGAUGCGCGGCAGUGAAGGACGAGUGGUUCCCGGAAGGGCCACACGACGUGCUUCUCGGGGUCGGGGAGCUACAAAGGUGGUUCAACGAUCCCAGACUCAGGCUCGACCCUUUCGACCCUUGUACACAGAAUACUACCAACGCCAUGUUUCGAAUGGCCGACCUUCGAAACUCGGUAUGCCAUUUCGACAUGCACUCGCCGGAGAACUUGAGCAACAUGAGGGCUAGGCUGUCGUUGGCCCCCAGUGCAAGCCCGCUGGCGAUAUAUGAUGCCUUGAUCAAAAGGGCGCACGAGUUCGCCGUCAGGGUCAAUGACAAAGCCAGAGCCCUCGAGAUACGAGCACUCAGGGACGAACUACAAGUUGCGGCUGAGAAGACGCUUGCAGAGGUGGAAGAGCAGCCGGUAGAAUCGAAUCAGCUGGACGUGGUAGUAUUUCAACUGGUGCAAGAGGCAGCGCCCGAGGCAGUGGUAGAUGGCUGUCGUUGGAUAAGACUGUUGGGGUAUGUGGGUAUCAUGGCCCUGCUCGCUUGGGCGCUAUGCAUAGCUAUGGAUGAAUUGAGUUUUUGAGGGGCAUCUCUCUUGAACCAUACC